AUGUGUUCGUGCAAAGUGAAUCUGGAAGGUAAAAUCGUUGUAAUUACUGGUGGUAACGCGGGCAUAGGGUUCGAAACUGCGAAAAUACUGGCCAAGCGUGGAGCCACCGUCGUGAUCGCCAGCCGCAACGACGCCAAGUCAAAGGCUGCCGCGGAAAAGAUCACCGAAGUCACGGGAAACCCCAACAUCUUCUACAAACAUUUAGAUCUUGGAAGGCUAGCCAGCGUGAAGAAAUUUGCCGAGGAUUUUGACAAAUCAUUCGACCGCUUAGACGUUCUGAUCAACAACGCCGGCUUCACCGAGGCCGAGCAACGCCACAGCGAAGACGGAAUCGAAAACGUGAUGCAGGUCAACCACGUCGCUCACAUUUAUCUCACUAACCUGCUGAUGCCCAAGAUAGUUGCUUCCAAACCUAGCCGCAUCAUAAUUGUAACUUCGAUUGCCCAUGAAACCCAUAAGUUCCAACGAAUGGGAAAGUCAGACAUAUUUGAGAAAAUCCCGGAUUGUCCUAAGAAGAUACUGUAUUUCAUCAUGGACCGCAUAUGUAAGACGGUGGUGGAAUGCGCGCAAACGUCGGUGCACCUGGCCUGCGCGCCCUCUCUGGCGAGCGUGUCGGGCCUGUACUUCGAUGAUUGCGAAGUUACCACUCCGCACCAUACAGUCACUGAUGAACUGGCUGAACAGGUCUGGACUGACACUUUGUCCUUGAUCGAAGACAGAACUAAAAGAUUCGAGAAGAUCGGUACGGAAUAA